AUGUCUGUCAAUAACAGAGUGCAAAAGUCCAAUAUCGAGAUCGAAGAUCUUAAGAUGCUCCGAGCCUUACGACUGUGUCAAACUAAGGCAUUCUUUUUAGAGCCCUAUGUGAGUUCUAUUCAGUUAAAAAAUAACUAUGCUUCAGCUCAACCACUAGGCAAAGUGCAAAAUUUGCCAAAACUUCCAGUGCCAAAACUCCAUGAUACCUUAAGCAAAUACCUAAAAACUGUAAAACCAUUUUUAAAUGAUGAAGAAUUUGCUGCUACUACAUCAAUUGUUAAAGAAUUUGAAGGUGGUAUUGGGCAGAAAUUACAGAGCUUAUUGGAAAAAAGAGCUGAAAAUCAUCAGAACUGGCUUGAAGAGUGGUGGCUAAAUACUGCUUACUUAGAGUACAGAGAUCCUGUUGUAAUAUUUUCAAGCCCUGGUUUAGUUUUACCUUUCCGUAAAUUCAACAACCAACAAGAGCAACUAAAAUAUGCUGCAAAAACGAUACUUGCUGCUUUAGACUACAAAUCACUUAUAGACAAUGACAAAAUUCCAGUUGAAAUGAUGGGAAAAAAUCCUUUGGAUAUGUCACAAUAUAAAAAGGUAUUCGGAACUUGUCGUAUACCAAUGGAAAAACGAGAUAAACUAUCAUUUAAUGACAGCAAACAUAUGACAGUUAUGCAUAACAACCAUAUAUUCCAUUUAGACCUUUGGGGUGAUGAUGGUAAACGGUUGAAUGUAGAUCAAAUAGCUCAAGCAUUAAAAAAAAUAGUAGAUAUGUCAUCAAGCCCAACAGAAGAAGCUAUUGGUGUUCUAACAUCUGAGCACAGAGACAACUGGGCAAAAGCUUAUCAACUGCUUAUCAAAGAUUCAGUGAACAAAGCGUCUUUAUCGGACGUGGAGAGGAGCGUGGGCGUGCUGUGCCUGGACGGCGCGGCGGGGCUGCGCGGCGACGACGCGGCGCGCCGCACGCUCGCCGCCGCGCAGACCAUACACGGCGGCGGCUCCGCCAGCAACGGCGCCAACCGCUGGUUCGACAAGACUAUACAGUUUAUCGUUGGAGCCGACGGCAUCACUGGACUGACUUAUGAGCACUCCCCAGCUGAGGGACAGCCUAUAGCUGUUCUCACUGACUUCAUCAUUAAAUACGUUGACAAAGAACUUAUAGAAUUACUUAAUACUCAACCUAAAAGAGAAAUUUAUGACUUAAGCGAUGUUGUUCAAGUAGCACUAGGGCACAGUAAACCUUUAAAAAAUGUUAAAAUUGAUCCAGAAGAAAACGAUGCCACGUUUCAAAUAUCUUUAGAAAAUACAAACGAUACACCGGCAAUGUUUAAAUUAGAACACAAAGAAAUAAUACCACAAAAGCAAAAAUCGUCCGCCAAUUUUGUUGCUUUAAAGAAACUCCAUAACCUUUUAUAUAAUCGACCACGUUAUGUAUCUAACGGUGAAAAUCUAAAUGAUCAAAAAAAAGAAAUUUUGUUUGAUAUUCUUGUAGCUCAACUAAAAAUGUUAUGUUGUAAAACCUCUUCUAAAAACCUACAUACCACAAUGAAAGGUCCACAAUUCAAAUUCCUGAAUAAUUUCCUGCCGAAAAAGACUCAGGAUAAACUACAACCUACAGAUAAAAGUCAAAAUAAUAAUGAAUUUAUGUUUCUUAUUAUGAAUGAAGAAAUAAAGAGUAAAGACAACGAUGAUCUGAUUUUAGUAGACCCUGAAACUCUUGGGAUAAAUAGCAGUGUUUUACUAUUAGGACCUUUGACGACUCCAUUAACUGAUGCUCAAAUAAAAAUAGUAAUGAAUCGUAUAUCUGGUGAAUUAAUGAAGCCUGAAUAUAUAUCCUUCUUACAAAAGCUUUCGAAUGGAACAUUAAAUGAAAACAACACUAGCGUCUUGAAAAAUUUUAUAACCGGACCGAAUACGAGAAGAUAUAUUAAAGCUCAUAGAUGUAAUCACCAAUCGAAAUUGUCAAAAAUAUAUGGCGGACCGAAAUGGUUAAUUUGCACCGGCUAUUUAAACAUAAAUACUCCAAGUCUAUAUGAU